AUGCGUGGCGCCACUAUCCUCAAGUCUAGCGAUGACAAAACCCGACAACUCAACAAACACACCCUUCUGGCCUUUUCUGGCGAAGCGGGCGACACUAUACAAUUCGCAGAGUUCAUCCAAGCAAAUGUCGCGCUCUAUUCAAUGCGCAAUGACACGGAUCUGGGCCCUUCGGCAGUGGCCAGCUUUGUGAGAGGGGAGCUGGCGCGGAGUUUGAGGAGCAGGAAACCAUAUACGGUGAACUUGCUACUGGGGGGCGUUGAUCCGAUCACGAGGGAGCCGAGCUUGUACUGGUUGGACUACCUUGCGAGCAGCGUGAAGGUGCCAUACGCGUGUCACGGAUAUGCCCAGUAUUACUGCCUUUCAAUUCUCGACAAACAUCACCAUCCAGACAUCUCCUUCGACCAAGGCUUGAAGAUUCUGCGCAUGUGCACGGACGAGCUGCAGCGACGUCUCCCUAUUGACUUCAAGGGCAUGACGGUGAAAGUGGUCAAGAAAGACGGCAUCGUGGAUCUGGAGUAUGACACUAGCAAACAGGUCCUGGCUGCUUAG